AUGUCGCAGCUUAUCACCAUCGCAACUUGUAACCUGAAUCAAUGGGCGUUGGAUUUUGAAGGUAAUCGGGAUCGUAUUCUAGAAUCCAUCAAGAUAGCCAAAGAAAAGGGCGCUCGUCUACGUGUGGGUCCUGAAUUGGAGAUCACUGGCUAUGGAUGCCUGGAUCAUUUUCUAGAGAGCGAUGUUAGUUUGCAUUCAUGGGAAAUGUAUGCCCAAAUCAUCAAGCGUAAAGAAACUCAUGGUAUCUUACUCGACAUCGGUAUGCCUGUCUUACACAAGAAUGUUAGAUACAAUUGUCGUCUGUUGUCUCUAGACGGUCAAAUAAUGUUCAUCAGGCCAAAGAUGUGGUUAGCAAAUGAUGGUAAUUACCGCGAGAUGAGAUUCUUUACACCUUGGAUGAAGACAGGUGUAGUCGAAGAGUUUAUUUUACCACCAAUGAUUCAAAAACAUACAAAUCAAAAAACCGUACCCUUUGGCGAUGCAGUGAUUAGCACUUUGGACACCUGUAUUGGUGCCGAGACAUGUGAAGAGCUCUUCACACCACAGUCGCCAAGUAUCAACAUGUCUUUGGAUGGUGUAGAGAUUAUUACAAACUCUUCUGGCUCGCAUCAUGAACUGCGUAAGCUAAACGAAAGGUUGGACCUGAUCAUUAACUCCACGAGCCGUUGUGGGGGUGUCUACUUAUAUGCCAACCAACGUGGAUGUGAUGGUGAUCGUUUGUAUUACGAUGGAUGUGCUCUCAUCGCUGUGAAUGGUAAAGUCGUUGCCCAGGGUUCCCAAUUUUGUUUGAAAGACGUCGAAGUGGUAACAGCAACUGUCGACUUGGAAGAAGUUAGGAGUUAUCGUGGUGCCAUUAUGUCUCGUGGCUUACAAGCAUCUUCCUCCGAGAUGAGGUACAAGAGAGUUCACGUUCCAGUCGAAUUAGCUCCCACAACUCUGAGAUUUGAUCCUACUAUUGCACCCUCGCCAAAACGUAAGGUGUUUUACCAUUUACCAGAGGAAGAAAUUGCCCUUGGACCCGCUUGCUGGUUAUGGGAUUAUUUAAGACGUUGCAAUGGCUCUGGAUUCUUUCUCCCAUUAUCUGGGGGAAUCGAUUCCUGUGCCACGGCGGUGAUCGUUCACUCAAUGUGUAGACUGGUCAUGAAGGAGAUCGCGGAGGGCAAUGAACAAGUGAUCGCAGACGUGCAAAAGGUAACUCGUAGUAGUGAUCCUCAAUGGCUCCCUAAAGAUGCUCAAGAGUUGGCCAACAAGAUCUUUCACACUUGUUUCAUGGGAACUGAAAACUCUUCGAAAGAAACACAAAGUAGAAGCGCUGAAUUGGCCAAAAAGAUUGGUUCUUAUCAUGUUGAUUUGAAAAUGGACAGUGUCGUAUCAAGCAUUGUGGCAUUAUUCGAAGUCGCCACCGGUAAGAAACCAAUUUUCAAGAUCUUUGGUGGCUCUCAAAUCGAGAAUCUGGCACUUCAAAAUAUUCAAGCCCGUAUCAGAAUGGUGCUCUCGUAUCUUUUUGCACAACUGUUGCCAUGGGUUAGAGGAGUUUCAAAUACCGGUGGCCUUCUUGUACUGGGUAGUGCCAAUGUGGACGAAUGUUUAAGAGGAUAUCUGACGAAAUACGACUGUUCCUCAGCAGAUUUAAACCCCAUAGGUGGCAUUUCAAAGACUGAUUUGAAAAGGUUUAUUGCCUAUGCGUCUUUGGAGUUUGACAUGCCAAUUCUUGAGACAUUUUUGUCAGCUACUCCAACUGCUGAGCUGGAACCUAUCACUAAGGAUUAUGUUCAAUCGGAUGAAAUCGAUAUGGGUAUGACUUAUGAAGAGUUGAGUAUUUUCGGUUAUCUACGUAAAGUGGAGAAGUGCGGUCCAUAUUCGAUGUUUUUGAAGCUACUGCAUCAGUGGUCACCAAAGCUAUCGGCUGCACAAGUAGCGGAAAAGGUCAAGAGGUUUUUCUUCUUUUAUGCUAUCAACAGACACAAGCAAACCGUGUUGACCCCAAGUUAUCACGCUGAACAGUAUUCUCCUGAUGACAACAGAUUCGAUCUUAGACCAUUUUUGAUAAACCCAAGGUUCGCUUGGGCAUCGAAAAAAAUAGACUUAGUUGUUGCCGAAUGUGAAGGAAAAAAUGCUGGCACAUUAGAUGUUAUGUCCAUCGAUUAG